UUAUAUUAGUGCAGAACACUGUACCUUUAAUUUAAAUGCCCUUGGAGUCUGCUGAAUACUGUCAGUCAGUAUGACAUGCAGAUGAGUGCCGUCGAUCUUAGAAACCGCACACUUCACUCAUUUUGGGCAGUCACGGGGCCAAAACCAGAGUGUGGAGCCACAGUGUGGCGGUGGAGGCAGCAGCAAUGGGAGGCCAUACAGCACCCUAUGACAAAAUGGAACCCACCAGCAGUGUGAGGAGACCUGAAAGGGCCCAUGGCAGAGUGGCGAAGCGUAAGCAGCUUAAAUUGAAGGCCAUACAGAGGCCUAU